CAAACCCCAGAGCCCGCGGUUCCGGCAGCUCAGCCUGCGCUGCACCACGAUGGCUGGGGUGUCCGCCAGGAGUAUGGCGCGGGGAAGCGCGCCCCCUGGGCCAGUCCCCGAAGGUCUGAUCCGCGUCUACAGCAUGAGGUUCUGCGCGUUUGCUGAGAGGACGCUUCUGGUCCUGAACGCCAAGGGAAUCAGGCAUGAAGUCAUCAAUAUCAACCUGAAAAAUAAGCCAGACUGGUUCUUUAAGAAGAACCCCCUUGGUCUGGUGCCAGUUCUGGAAAACAGUCAGGGUCAACUGAUUUACGAAUCUGCCAUUACAUGUGAGUACCUGGAUGAAGCAUAUCCAGGGAAGAAGCUGCUUCCAGAUGACCCCUAUGAGAAAGCUUGCCAGAAGAUGGUCUUUGAGCUAUUUUCUAAGGUACCCUCUUUGGUAGCAAGCUAUCUUAGACGGCGAGAUAAGGAAGAUUGCUCUGGCCUCAAAGAAGAAUUGUGUAAAGAAUUCAGCAAGCUAGAAGAGGUUCUGAAUAAUAAGAAGACAGCUUUCUUUGGUGGCAAUUCUCUCUCUAUGAUUGAUUACCUCAUCUGGCCCUGGUUUGAACGGCUGGAAGCCCUGGAGUUAAAUGAGUGUGUUGGCCACACUCCAAAACUUAAACUGUGGAUGGCAACCAUGAGGAAAGAUCCCACAGUAUCAGCCCUGCACAUUGAUGUGAAAGCCUUUCAAUGUUUCAUAGAGCUCUACCUUCAGAACAGUCCUGAGGCCUGUGACUAUGGGCUCUGAAGGGGGCAGGAGUCGGCAGUGUCUGGCAUUUUCUUUCCCUAACAUGAA